AACCAACUUCGUGAUAUCCUGGUGAAUGCUGGGUUUCCAGAGGAAAGCCUCUACCCACAGAUGUUCAACUCUUCAGGUCCAGACAGUAAAUUAGAUGUGGUGAUAUCCUUGCUGUGCCUGGGUCUUUACCCCAAUGUGUGUUACCACAAAGAGAAGAGGAAGGUUCUGACUACAGAGAGUAGAGCUGCUCUGAUUCACAAGUCUUCAGUCAACUGCAGCAAUAGAGAACAGACAUUUCCAACACCUUUCUUUGUGUUUGGAGAAAAGAUCCGUACGCGAGCAGUGUCAUGUAAACAGAUGACCAUGGUGUCUCCAAUACAGCUUCUCAUAUUUGCUGCACGCUCUGUGAAGGCUGAAAAUGGGAUGAUUAUCCUGGAUGGCUGGUUAAAUCUGAAGAUGCCAUUUAGCCAGGCAGCCAAGAUAGUGGCCCUCCGUCCUGCCCUGGAGGCCCUGAAUAUCAGAGCUACCACAGAUCCUGAGGGCACUGCACAACCCAUGCCACUGGAUGAGCAACUGAUGCAGGUGUUCAGGGCGCUGUCCAGGCCAAAUGCUGGCAGCUUUGGAGUGGAGAAUAAUUACUCUGGGAAAGAGACGGCAGCAGGUGGCCCAGGAUUUGGCCCACCACCUCCAAAAAGGUUCCACUCGGGUGUUGGAGGGGGACCUAGAUUUGGAGGAGGACCAAGAUUUGGAGGUGGAUUUGGUGGCCGAGGAAGAGGAUUUGGAAGAGGUGGAUUCCGAGGAGGAAGAGGCGGGUUUGGUGGAGGAAGAGGUGGAUUUGGAGGUGGAUUUCGCGGAGGAAGGGGUGGAUUUAGGGGUGGAUUUAACAGUGGAGGAUUUUAAUAUUUUGAACAGGGGUGUGAAAUAAUAUGUGAACACUUUAAUGUGAGAGAAACUGCCUGCUAAUGGAUAUUUCAGUGGAUAUUUCAAAUGUGUAUUAUGAAAAAGUUUUUCAUAGUUUUAAACAAUUCGAAGGCAAAUUUGAUCUUACGUACCUCAUUUGAUCGGAGUAAAAAAUACAAUAAAAUAAGUCUGAGACAGACUCAGUGACACCUAAUUUCUGUCCAGAACUGAUAAGUACCACCCUGUAUAUAUCUGUACAAUGCUGUACUCCUCAUUCUUCAUAAGCCUCACCUCUUUGGUCUGUCAUGAGUUUUCAUAUGUCUAGAUGUCUGCAGCAUGUAACACAGGGAGUAAGUGUAUGUAGCAUACAUGCGCACACGUACAGAAAGCAUUUUUAUAAGUGUUACCAUACAGUCAUGUAACCCAAAGGGCGUCCAUCUUCCCUGAAAAAUGCAUUAUACUCUGUGUUGCAAAAUGAUUGUAAUUUGCAGAAUAUGGCAAUUACAUUUACUUGAUGUUUGCAAUGUGGAACAAUUUUACAGAUACUUUUUUAAGUUAUAGCUAGAUAAUUGAAAUUACAUUAUUCCUAUGGAGUGGUACAUGUAGCAAUAAAAGUGAAA